ACACCCGCAAACGUGUGCUACAACGACAGUUGUUUGUUCUGCCAAGGUCCAAUUUCGAAUUCCAGUCUACUUCAGCUCGUAUCCACUGUAUGCUGCGCGGCAUUAGGAGGAGGCGACUCUUGAAGCUUGUUGUCCACAGUGAUCGGUGGCCCAGCUCGAUUCUCUCCCGCUUGCCCGAAUCAUUCACCAGUGAAACCAUCAUGUCAGACAAAAAACGGAAGGCAGCGUCCGCUCCUGCUGGUAAAGAGCCCAAUGCCAAGCAGCAGAAGUUGGGUCCCAUGAAGGCGGAGAAGGAGGAGAGAGCCGGGGGCUGGCUGCAGCACCUCGUGAAGCAACAACGGUCGGAGAAGAAGGACAUGAAGUUCAACAAAAAGCGCCUCCGUUUUAUAUCUGACGCUGAAAAGAUAAAGCAGGGCUCAGAGGGUGUCCUGUACUGGAUGUCGAGAGACCACAGAGUACAAGAUAACUGGGCGCUGAUCCAGGCGCAGCGGCUUGCUGCGAAGGAAAACCUUCCUCUGCACAUUUGUGUCUGCCUGGUUGUCCCCAAAUCAGAGCUGUCCACUCUGAGACAUUACAGCUUUAUGCUGAAAGGUCUGAAAGAAGUUGCAAAGGAAUGUAAAGCCUUAGACAUCCAGUUCCACUUGCUCGAUGGUUCAGCGGGGGAAGUUCUCCCUGGCUUUGUGUCUGACCGCAGCCUGGGGGCAGUAGUGACAGACUUUUCCCCUCUCAGAGAGCCACUAGGGUGGUUGGAGGACGUCAAAAAGAGGCUACCAGAGAGCAUUCCCCUAAUACAGGUUGACGCUCAUAAUAUUGUUCCCUGCUGGGUGGCAUCACCUAAACUUGAGUACUCCGCCAGGACGAUUAGAGGAAAAAUCACCAAUCUUUUGCCAGAGUUCCUCACUGAUUUUCCUCUGGUAGAGAAACAUCCCUACACAGCUACAAGAACCGCCAAACCAAUAGACUGGGACAAAAUCCUGGCCUCCCUAGAGGUUGACAGAGCAGUAGGAGAGCCAGAGUGGGCUAAGCCAGGCACUAUGGCAGGAAUGGCCAUGUUGGAGUCCUUCAUUGAUGUACGCCUUAAACUGUUUGGCACCCAACGUAACGACCCAAAUGCUGCCGCCCUAAGCCAGCUCUCCCCCUGGAUCCGCUUUGGCCACGUGUCAGCCCAGCGUAUGGCUCUGCAAGUUCAGCGCAGUGGGAAGAACGCAAGUCAGUCCAUCUCCUCCUUCAUCGAGGAGCUGGUGGUGCGCAGGGAGCUGACUGACAACUUCUGCUUCUACAACAAGAAAUACGACAGCGUGGAGGGUGCAUAUGAGUGGGCUCAGAAGACCUUGAAAGAUCAUGCCAAAGAUAAGAGGCCGUAUCUCUACACGCGUCAGCAGCUGGAGAAAGCAAAGACACAUGACAAACUUUGGAACGCAGCUCAGUACCAGAUGGUCACCGAGGGGAAGAUGCAUGGUUUCUUGAGGAUGUACUGGGCCAAAAAGAUUCUUGAGUGGACUUCUUCACCAGAGGAGGCGCUCUCCAUCGCCCUGUACCUUAACGAUCGCUAUGAGCUGGAUGGCCAGGACCCUAAUGGAUUUGUCGGAUGUAUGUGGUCUAUUUGCGGCAUCCAUGAUCAGGGCUGGGCAGAGAGACCUGUUUUCGGAAAGAUCCGCUACAUGAACUACAAAGGCUGCACUCGAAAGUUUGACGUACCCCGAUUUGAACGAAAGUACUGUCCCAAAAACCUCUGAACCACAAACUGUUUUGAAGAAUGGGAAUAAAAUGCCUGACAGCCUACAUCUCCUACAGUUGUACCCAGUGAGCGUAUCUACAGCGUCUCUAGCAGAUUUUCUUCUUUUCUUUAUUCCUUGCUGCUUUGUUAUGUCCAAAACAUUCAGUAUAUUAUCGCUCAGUCUGUUGUUUUUACUGAGUAUUCAGACAUGUUGUUCAUGUGUGACUGUAAGCUGUUUUCUGGUGGUUUACUGUAUGGUGUGAUGUUGCUUAACUUAACAUUAGAUUAUGAUUUGUGGAGCUCACUUAGCAGAAAGAGCUUUUUACUUUGGUUACUUUGCUUUUUUUAAUGCUACUUUUAUAACGCAGUUUUUGUUUUGUUUUUUUUACUUCUCGUUUUUACUCUAAAUUUUAUUUUAAGAAAAUGCCUUGUUUCCACUUGAUGUUUUUUUUUUACAGGUGCUCAGGGGAUUUGACUCCUUUUUCUUAAAAGCUGUCUUUUCAUACCAAACUGUAAACAAAAUUAAAGUAAUAAAACAUCUUAUGUUCGUUAA